AUGCUCUGGAGGAUCUGCUCUGUUCUGAAGAAUACGUCAACAAUAUGUGCAAUUACAAAACAAAGAGGGUUAUUUAACGAUAGGGCUAAUUCUCAUGAAAAUAUAAUUCAAUUUCGUGGUUACAAAAUUAGAAGAGAUCCUCAUAUUGUUACAUUAGAAAUCCUUAAUGUAAGAGAAGAGCCCGUUCCAAUCACGAAUGCUAUAUUUGUUAGGCUAUAUCAAAGAUGUUGGGAAUGCGAACCGGAUAAACGAUCAGAUAUACACCAAGUAAAUUUACAACUUAAAAGUAUUGAUUCCGAAAACAAUAAUGCAUCAGCUGUUUUUUAUUCCAAAGAAGGAGGGAUAAGCGAAAAAAUGGAAAGUGAAGACUCCGACUUGUCAAAUUGCGAAGAAGAUUGUGAUUUAAACAAGCUUGAUUUAAACAAGAUUGAUAACUUGCCUAGAUUCGAUAUUAGUUCCUAG